AUGCCUGUUGACUGGAUGAGCCGGAUGCUCGCAUACUGCAGUGUGCACCGAUCGAAGCUCAAUGCAGGGUUGGUCUCUGAGCCACAUGCACAGCAGAUCCACCAGUCGGCCAUGGAUGGCUUAGAAUGGCUCGGAAAGAUAUCGAUGUGGACAGAUGGGUUCAGAACCAACGUGAAUGAGAGACCUUGCGAUGAAGUACGACAUAUUCUUGAGGUAUCCAUGUCUACCGUGAUUCCCGAGAGAAUGGAGGAUUACAUCGCGCAAACUCCACAAGUUCUCAGUGAGGGCGUUCAUGUCUCAUGGGUCAUGCACCCGGGCAGAUUUGCCCUCUGGUACGCCAGAGUCCCGGCUGCCAUUGCAGCUGAGCGCAACAGUUCAGCAGCCACUAUGAAGAUCUUGAUGCCAGUCUUGUUGGAGCUUCAUUACCCAGGCGGUCAAGCCAUGAGAGCCGGGGAAGACUGGCCAUGA